AUGUGCCGGGUGCCGCGGACCCUGCUUGCAAAACAUGCUACCCAGGACUGUCGACCAGGACGCAAUUGGGCCGCCAGGGAUUGGUGGGCUGAAAGCGCUAGUCUGCCGUCUGCUGCGUGGCUUGCUGCAGGCUGGGGGGUAUCCUGGGGCAAAUUCGGAGCUCCUUGGCGCAAAUUCGGGGCAAUCCUGGCCUCAGCUUCAGUGGGCUCGAAACAGUCUUCUACCAGUCCAACUGGUCCCGAGCCAGCCGGCCAGAAUACGGAUAGACUGAACGGUGCUCCGUUCGGCUCCGCUCCUUCUAGUUAUCAGCACGGCGCCCCGAUCCAUGUGCUGUAUCUCCACUAUCCUUGUCGACCAGACCCAACGAGCACCGCACCGCUGGCUGCCGAGUUUCUCCCAGGACCGCUCAGGAGACACCCUAGCCGACCGACCCAGGCUCCGCGCCAGCACUCCAACCGGUUUUUUUUUUCGCCCGCCAAGCGUCCUCAACCCCAGCAGCACAGCGCCGUUCCUUCUGCUCGUGCGGAGAAAGUGGCUUCCGACUUGGAUAAUUCUCACAAUUCAAGCCCCGGUAGCACCCCUCCCGCAACUACCAAGCCGCCCGUGUCUCGCGAUAAAUACUCAUCACUCCGCCAAUAUGCCAGCGCAUGGCGCGCCCUCUCCGAGCUCCCAACCCACCAGCAAACGCCAACGGAAGAUAUCCUCAGAGGAUGGCUCCCCAGUCAAUCGAGUCAGUCCCGAGACGAUCCGGGAUACAGCCACGACGAACGGGCCACUCACUGGCGGCAAGCCUUCGCAAAGCAGCAACUUUCGCAACAACUACUAGAGAAACUUCUUUCAUCCAAUAAUGUUCCUUACCCGCCAGCUGAGAAUCUGGAACUUUGCUCUCGUCCGAGCGCCGACGCCGUCCCGCGAGAUUCGGGCUCCGCCAACAAUGGGGCCCCUUCGGACAAGGCUUUAAAUAGCGCGCGAGACCAAUCUUUAGCGCCCAAAAAGGAAGAGCAGAGCCCAGCUAUGAUGAACCUGGUUGGUACUUCAAAGCCUAAAUCACUUGCCUCAGCCUCCGGUGUAUCAUUCGCCAGAGUCGUCUUCGCGGCUGUGCAGUAUUCCGUUUCAGACCAACAUGGCCCUGCCGAGCGUACAGGUGGAAGCGCUGGGACUUCGAUGCGCGAUUCCUUCUUUGGUCUUCACAAAAGGCCAAACAUCCAACCGGCCCCCUUUCCAGAUCGCGAGGUUGGAAUGCGACUUGUUACCCUCUACUUCGAGCACGCGAAUCCGCAAAUACCCAUUCUUCACAGGGGCGAAUUUAUGCACAUGUUUGAGCAAGCCUAUGUCAACUCUCCCGAUUCUCUCGCUUCCAGGGAGCUCUAUAUGCUAAACAUGGUGUUUGCGAUUGGCUGCGGCGUGAUUGUUGGGGAACCCGUCAAGACAGAGGCAUCUGGAACAGCCAAAACCGAUUCUCAACCGCCAAAGCGCCAGCGCGACCCCGAAGAAUAUCAUGCAAGCGCUAUAGUUCAUCUAGAAUCCUGCCUGAGCGUUAGCGGAGGAGGUUUGGAAGUUUUACAAGCCGUCCUCCUCCUCGCAAACUUUGCCCUGCUUCGUCCAGUGCCUCCUGGCCUCUGGUACAUCACUGGCGUAGCUGUUCGCCUCGCUGUUGAUCUUGGCUUACAUUACGAAGAGGGUGGUGAAGCAGAAAACUCAGGUCCCGAUGACCCGGCAAAUGAACAAGAAUCAAGUGCCAGAGAGCGAGCCCGGCGACACACGUGUGUCGGAAGGCCAUUCGGUGUGAGUGAUCAAGUUAUUACAACCGAGCUUCCAUCCGUCUUGGACGACGACUACGUUACCCCUACGGGCUUUAUCGACCCACCGGUGGAUGACGAACGACCGAGCUACAAGCAUGUUGCCCAUCACUAUUUCCGGCUACGAGUGCUGCAAUCAGAGAUUUUACAGGUUCUUCAAUACAACCAAGCUCAGCUCGCACGUCAGGGCAAUCAGGUCCCUUGCUAUCCUGAGAUGCGCAAUCACACACCCUCGCCCUUCCUCGUCAAAUUCGAUUCAUUUCGGUCAUGGAGAAGCGACAUUGACAAACGGCUAUACCACUGGAAAACCUCUGCGCCAACUAGACAAGAAACUGGUGUUGCUUUCUCCACAGAAUUUCUCGAACUCAACUACUGGCAAGCCAUCAUUAUGCUCUAUAGACAGAGCCUAAGUGUGCCAGCUAUGUUUGAGGGCGAAUACAACACUUCGAAUGAGGUCAACAGUCCCACGGCCUUCACCGCAGAGCUCCGAGAAGAUGAGGACCGUAUCUACCUCAAGGUCGCAGAAGCAGGCCAAAAGAUUCUGCGCAUAUACAGACAACUUCAUAUCAGCGGUCUUGUCAGCUAUACAUACUUGUCUACCCAUCAUCUAUUCAUGGCUGGCAUUUCAUACCUGUACGCUAUUUGGCAUUCACCCUUGGUCCGAAGUCGCCUCUCUAUGGAUGACGUGGACUUCACCGUCCUGGCAGCCAAGUCUGUAUUCACGGACAUGAUUGACAAGUGCCCGCCGGCAGAGACGUGCCGAGACGCAUUCGAUCGAACUGCCAAGGCAACCCUCAAAAUGGCGACCGCAAACGGUGGAUUUGGUACCAUGAACCCUCGGCCACGCCGACAGCGCAGAGAGACCACAACUUGGGUCACCGCCCCUGUCCCCGAUGUCUCAUCGAUAAAAUCAUCAGCUUCACACCACCGACCUCAGGCUUCAGAUGGCCGAGGCUAUCAAUUUGAUCUGGCAAUGGGAGACAACAUUUCGUCUCCGGGUAUAUCCGCGGGUGGCGAUACCUCGUCUCAGAAUACACCGCUGCUGAUGAAAUCCAAGACUUUUGACAGCGAUACCCUCAUGUCAGAAGCGCGACGGCACAGCGGGCCGAGCCUUGUAGACGCGUCCAUUAGCCAGGACGGCAGCUCCAUUGACGCUCUCGCCCGCUCGCCUCCAAUACCUCGCCGGAUGACAGGCCAGGGGGGGAACAGCAACACGUUUAUAGGCCAGCAGUUUGGUGUGCUAGGGUCCGUGGAAUAUCCGGAUAGCCAGACGAUGGAAUUCUUGCAGACACUUGGGGCAACACCGAACGGGGACUUUCCCACCGUCGACCAGGCUCAGCUCGAUCUCGGGUUCGGGAUCAAUUGGGAAGGCAUGCAUAAUGAUUUUAGCGAGGGCGGCCACAUCAAUCCUUUUGAAACGUUCUUCUUUGGCGGGCAGCCGAAUGCGGGCAAUAAUACUAAUCACAACAACGGCAAUUAG